UGGGAGAAGGAUGGUUUGGUAAUUUGAGAAGUAGUAAAAUGCAUAUCCAUAAAAUCAUCUUGAUUUGAGAAUACCCCCCAAUCUCUCAAUCUUCCAACGACACCAAUGGCGCUCUCCCUCUCCAACCCAUUCCUCCACAAAAACCUCUCUCCUUCUCCACUCUCUCUCAACGCCAAGGUGAAUGUAGCCGUGGGCAGCAAUCAGAUGAGAUGGAGCUGCAGGAAAAGCGACAUACACCCCCAAUUCCACGACGACGCCAAGGUUUACUGCAACGGUGAGCUGGUGAUGACCACCGGCGGAACGAAGAAAGAGUAUGUGGUGGAUGUGUGGUCGGGCAACCACCCCUUCUACCUCGGCAGCCGCUCCCAGAACCUCGUCGAUGCCGAUCAGGUUGAGAAAUUCCGUAAGAAAUAUAGCGGCCUCGAUUCGAUUAUGGAGAUUCCUACCCUCAAGGGAGAGAUUGUGCUUCCUCCCAAGAGGAAGAGCAAACCCAAAAAGAAGUAGUUUUAAAGAUUCUGUUUUGUGUAUUGAGCUGUAAUUGCUGAUUUUUGUUGCUGCUGGUGAAAUUGAUACCAUGGCUUGUUGUUUCAUUGUAAUGAUAAGUGAUUGCUUGGUUCUUCA